AUGGGUGCAGGCAGCAGCGCCGAGGUUCCCAUGAGUCAAAUCGACUUUGAGUCCUACACAGGUAAAAGAUACACCGUCGAGGUACCCAAUACGCGCGACGCAACUCAUGGGCCAGCAUACACUGUACCAGACAACGAGCCAAUUAGUGAAGACGAUCUUACGUUGUAUCACAAUUUUUUGAUCGGUUGCAACAUCGAAAAUGGUAGCCGACCAUUGUACGGACGACGCACUGUUGAUCCCAAGUCUGGAAAGGCUGGAGCGUAUGAAUGGGCGUCGUACAACGACGUAAAGACUCGCAUGGAGCACAUAGCUAGCGGAUUGAAAACUGUGGGCCAUAUGAAGCGCCAAGAUAUGGUUGGUGUCUUUUCCAAGAAUCAAUUGGAAUGGUGUCUUGUAGGUCACGCAUGUGACCGUAUGAGCUAUGUCCUUGUACCACUUUACGACACAUUGGGGCCCGAUGCAGUGCCUUUUAUUGUAAAUCACACAGAAUUGCGAGUGCUGUUCUGUGGCAAGAAACAAUUUGACGUCGUUAUGGAGUGCGUGGCCGAGUGUCCAACCUUGGAACUUGUUAUUCAAUUUGAACCCAUUACGAAUGAGCAGCUACAAAAAGCAAAGGAAAAGAAUGUGGAACUUCGAAGCUUACACGAACUGGAAGUUUUGGGUCAAGCGGAUCCAAAACCCGCAGAUCCACCGGUACCUACUGACGUUGCAACACUAUGCUACACUUCAGGAACAACGGGAAAUCCAAAAGGUGUAAUUUUGCUGCACAAAAACUUUACUUUUGUGGUACGGCAGAUGAGUAAUCGUUUACCAAUUUGUUCCUCGGACGUACAUUGUUCAUACUUACCUUUGGCGCACGUAUUUGAACGUGGCACACUCGCGUUCUUUCAGUCGUAUGGUGCUUCCGCUGGAUUUUUUCAAGGGGAUUUACUACAAUUAAUGGACGAUCUUGCUGAGCUCAGGCCAACGAUUUUCGUAUCGUGUCUAGCACGCACCUUUUCAUUAAAAGUUUCAGGCACUUCAUGCGUCUUGCAGCGGACACCGGUGGAAUUACGGUCCAAGCCGCCACAUACCUGGCGAGACGGAGAGGUCAAGAUAUCAGACAUUCCAGAGUUGUCAAAAAAUACUCAGACUGAUCUACAAAUAAAUAAUGACCACUCAAUGACUGGAGCUGGUGACCUGAAUCUAUAUUCGCUUCCUCCAGCAUUUGACGAGAUUGACUUCUAUAGUAAAUGGUUAGGAAAGCAAUUCGUGGAUCUAGCGUGGAAGACCUUCGCAGGAAGGGAAGUAUCGACUUUGAGUACGCGACAAGGGUUGGACGACCUGUUUAAACGUUUCGAUCAAAGAAAAGUGCAAUCGGCAAUACCACCUCUAAAUCUACCAGUAUCAACGUUUGCUGAAUUUUUAGAAAACUGUACUGCACACUGCAAAGAGAACAGUUAUAGCAACACAGAGUCUAGACUAUCUUCAAUAAAAAGUGGACGAAGACGAAAAGGUGAUAAUUUGCGUAGCCUGAUCGGCAACGAGAACAGGUUGGACCCCCCACAUGUCAAUGUACGACAAACACAGCCACCCCUUCCUCCUCAGCGUCAACGUCAGAUUUCGCAUAUGAUGCAAAAAGUAAAGUCAAAAAUCCAACCUGACCUUGAUGCACGGCGAAAAAAAAUCCUGCGAGUGAAGAAAACACAAUCGCAACGAAUAGCGGAGACUUUAGCUAGGGCUCGAUUGGCUGAAUAUGACGCGCGGCGAGAGCUACAGGGCGGACGUGAGCAGAAUUUACGUAUCAAAAAGACGCCAAUCAGUGAAAUAACCACAGGUGCUGCGGCGUUAGAAAUAGUGGAUGAUUUCAUGAAGAGUCCUCUUAUGGAUAAAUUCAGUCAAGAAAAUGUACCUAAUUCUACUGAGGUGAAGCCUCCGACCAAAAAUGGUAUCAUUCAAAAAGAUCCGCUCAAAGAAGAGCUCUACGGCACUGUUGCGCUGGACAGCUCCUUCCUUGGAUGCAAAUGUGUACCUAAACGACGGCUUCAUCCAGAGAGCGAAACCAAAUCUCGAAGGCGAAACUACAACGGCUGGCUGGGUGAUUUUGGGCCUCUCCACACAAAAACUGUUCGUCCUGAGUGGAACGAAUGUGAAGAGGAUGCUUUCAGUCCAAAAUGUUCAAAUCAAGCUACAUACGAGUGGAAUUUCAAUCAUCUUCCUAAAGAAAGCCACGAGAAUGCUGAUAAGCCGAAACUGCAACCAAAGACGACCGAAACGCGUAGAUAUGUCAACGUUGGCAAUGACCACGAUCAGGUCACGCGUGUGAUCGAUGACUUUGACGACAACUUAAGCGAUCAUUAUAGCGUAAUAUCAGAUCCUGUUUACCAAUGGCUGAAAGAAGCCGUUUGA